AUGGGAGCAUGGGCUAUGGUGUGUGGAGUCUCACUGAUUUGGGUGCUGGACCUAGGUCAUCAGAGCCUGGUUGAGGAGCCUAGCUGUGGCCCUGGCAGCUUCCAACGUGGGACUGGCAACAACACACGGUGUUGCAAUCGGUGUGCUCCAGACAAGGAGAACUGUCCUGAAGGAGAUUGUAUAUGUGUCAUGCCGGAGUACCACUGUGAAGACCCUCAGUGCAAGACCUGCAAGCACUACCCCUGCCAACCAGGCCAGAAGGUGCAGCCUCAUGGGAAUAUUAAGUUUGGCUUCGAGUGUGUUGACUGUGCCAUGGGCACCUUCUCCGCAGGCCGUGAGGGCCGCUGCAGACCUUGGGCCGACUGUACCCAGUUUGGAUUUCUCACCAUAUUCCCUGGGAACAAGACUCACAAUGCUGUGUGCAUCCCGGAACCACUGCCCACUGAACGCCAUGGUCAUUUGGCUGUCAUCCUUCUGGCCACGACUGUUUGCAUUCUCUUCUUAAUCAUAGUCCAGCUCUGCCUACACGUAUGGCAGCUGAGGAGGCAGCACAAAUAUCCCCGAGAGACGCAGCCACUCUUGGAGGUGCAGUUUCCACCAGCUGAGGAUGCUUGCAGCUUUCAGUUCCCCGAGGAGGAGCGUGGGGAGCAAACGGAGGAAAAGAAUCGUCUGGGAGACCGGUGGCCAUGA